GUGAAAAGUGAGAACUGCCAGAAAUAGGGGUGCCAUCACGGCGCUAAAUUCUUCUUUGCUUCUUCCUCCUUCUCUUAUCGUCCUUAUCGUCCGGCCUGCGACGAGUAUCAAUGUCGACGAAAGAGCCGGUGUCUGCAACAGGGUAUGAAUUCACGAAAAGAAAACGCUGGGCAGAUCUCCUAAUAACAGAGCUCGCGGACACGAUCAUUUUUGUGCUGUCAGAUGAAGGCAAGGUGCUGUACGUCGGCACAGCAGUGACCGAACUGCUGGGCUGGCGAGAAGUCGAUCUGGUGGACUGCGAUUUCGGAGAGAUUGUUUCAGUUGGCGACCACGACGCUUUCCGAUCGACCUUUUCCGAGAGUGUGCGGACCCACCGGGAUCUACACUGCUAUGCCCGUUUGAAAUGCUCCAAUCAGACAAAUGACAUCCUAUUCGAAAUCAAAUCCCGCUUUGAGGGUGAUUGUUGGUAUACCAUGGCGAGGCCGUAUCCAGGGAAGAAUACGUCCAUGCUAAAUACGUUUUUGGAUUUGAAGCUGGAGAACCAACGCCUCCAGGCACGCUUGCAUGAGCUUACGGGGAGUUCGUCGCUUAGUGCUAUGACAAAGGGUCCCUUGCCGCUGUUUACGUCGACUUCGAUGGCUGGGGAGACUUCUGAUGGCAGCGGUGGUCCGGUCACGGUUGGGAGCGGUCUCUACGCCACAGGUAGCCUUGAUGUGCAUACCGGUGGUGAGGACGACGAUGGAGGGAAGAAGAAAAAGGCUAAGAAAACGCAUGGGUCUGAACGGUAUGUAUGUGUAACUUGCGGGAGGACGGAUUCUCCCGAGUGGCGUAAAGGUCCGCUGGGGCCGAAGACGCUUUGCAAUGCAUGUGGACUGCGUUGGGCAAAGUCGGUAAGGAAAAGCGACGAUAUCUUGACGACAGAUGCAGCUGCCGGUGGAGAAAGUGUUCAUCUGACUUGAAGGGUACGAUUUUCUGGACAUUGACACCGAUGUAAAGUUAUUGUAGCCCACUCAGUUGUAUCAUAAACGUGUAUGGACGCGGUAUUAUGGACGCUGCAGAGUAUCUCGUAGAUGCAGUUGCCAUUUGAAUGCCGGAUAGACCUGGAGAAUUAACGGGCAUGCAGCCUUUCA